GUGAGAAUGUUUGGAGUCCCUGGUUUGGACCCCGCAGCCAGCAGCACUGCAGUUUGAGUCCCGGGUGAGGAGAGAGGAGGGGUGGAGAGGGGGUGAAUCUGCAAGACUCAGCUCACCACGCCUCGGCACGGUGAGUUCGUCAGCCAUAUUGACUACCUCCUCUGCUGUCGUGGGAAGCGGGCGAGAGGAACUCCGCUGGCCUGAAGCCUGCGUGUUAUCACCGAGCCCUCCGAAGUGCGCUCCGCGUCCGGUAAACAGCGCGGAGGGGUCGGCCGGGAAGGUGAAACGCUCUAUUUUUAACCCCACCGUGGAUAUAUAAAGCGAGCGCUGCCUGCUGGAGGAGGUGACAGCACGGCUCAUCCUCAGAGGAGCCGCCUGGCGUUAGAGGCGGCGGUGCCCCAGAGAGCAGCAGGAAGACGGAGGACGACUUCUUUCAGUUUUAUCAGCGACGGGGAACAGGAGGAGAGAGAAAGAUGCCCAAACCGGUCAAUGUGCGCGUCACCACCAUGGACGCUGAGCUGGAGUUUGCCAUCCAGCCGAACACAACAGGAAAACAGCUGUUUGACCAGGUGGUGAAGACUGUGGGCUUGAGGGAAGUCUGGUUCUUCGGCCUGCAGUACACAGACAGCAAAGGCUACGUGACGUGGCUCAAACUCAACAAGAAGGUGACCCAGCAGGACGUUAAAAAGGAGAAUCCUCUCCAGUUCAAGUUCAGAGCGAAGUUCUUCCCGGAAGACGUUUCCGAGGAGCUCAUCCAGGAGAUCACGCAGAAGCUCUUCUUCCUUCAGGUGAAAGAGGCCAUUUUGAAUGAUGAGAACUACUGUCCUCCAGAAACGGCCGUCUUGCUGGCCUCCUAUGCGGUUCAAGCCAAGUAUGGAGAUUACAGCAAAGACGUCCACAAGCCCGGUUACCUGGCAAACGACCGGCUGCUGCCACAGAGAGUUUUGGAGCAACACAAGUUAACAAAGGAGCAGUGGGAGGACAGGAUACAGACGUGGCACGAGGAGCACAGAGGAAUGCUCAGGGAGGACGCCAUGAUGGAGUACCUGAAGAUCGCUCAGGACCUGGAGAUGUACGGCGUCAACUACUUCGAAAUCAAAAACAAGAAGGGCACGGAGCUGUGGCUGGGCGUGGACGCUCUGGGCCUCAACAUAUACGAGCACGAAGACAAAUUGUCUCCGAAGAUCGGCUUCCCUUGGAGCGAGAUCAGAAACAUUUCCUUCAACGACAAGAAGUUUGUCAUCAAACCCAUCGACAAGAAAGCUCCAGACUUUGUGUUCUACGCCCCUCGGUUACGGAUUAACAAGCGCAUCCUGGCGUUGUGUAUGGGAAACCACGAGUUGUACAUGAGGAGGAGGAAGCCAGACACCAUCGAGGUGCAGCAGAUGAAGGCCCAGGCGAGAGAGGAGAAGCACCACAAGCAGAUGGAGAGGGCGCAGCUGGAGAACGAGAAGAAAAAGCGCGAGCUGGCAGAGAAGGAGAAGGAGCGAAUAGAGAGGGAAAAGGCGGAGCUGAUCGAGAGGCUGAGGCAGAUCGAAGAGCAGACGCAACGGGCUCAGAAAGAGCUGGAGGAGCAGACGCGCCGGGCGCUGGAGCUGGAGCAGGAGCGAAAGCGGGCGAAGGAAGAGGCCGAGCGGCUGGACAGGGAGAGGCAGGCGGCGGAGGAGGCCAAGGCGGCGCUGGCUCAGCAGGCCGCCGACCAAAUGAAGACCCAGGAACAGCUGGCUGCCGAGUUAGCAGAGUUCACUGCCAAAAUCGCUCUGCUUGAGGAGGCGAAGAGGAAAAAGGAGGAGGAAGCAUCGGAGUGGCAACACAAAGCCAUCUCAGCACAGGAAGACCUGGAGAAGACGAGGGAGGAGCUGAAGACGGCCAUCACGUCGCCGCCGGCGCCCGAGCACGACGAGCACGACGAGCUGAACUCGGAGGCCGAGGCCGAGCUGGUCAGCGACGGCGUCAGCAGCCAGCGCAGCGAAGAGGAGCGCGUCACCGAGGCGCAGAAGAACGACCGCGUGAAGAAACAGCUGCAGGCUCUGAGCUCAGAGUUGGCGGAGGCCCGGGACGACACCAAGAAAACCCAGAACGACAUGCUGCACGCCGAGAACGUCCGGGCGGGGAGAGACAAGUACAAGACGCUGCGCCAGAUCCGCCAGGGCAACACCAAGCAGCGCAUCGACGAGUUCGAGUCCAUGUGAACGCACGCGACGGUCGGUCUCAUUGCCAUGCCAACGCCUCACUUUACAUGUUUCAAAGCCUAAAAGCCUGCUCUUGCCACUCCGGGAUCUUUUCUUUUCUCUUCUCUGCUCGUUUCGACCCAGGAGGAAGAGCAGCAGCAGCAGCUGCGAGGCUUUUUUUUGCCGAGUCCAGGCUCAUUAAAGCUCUGCCUGCAAGCAGCUGGCCCAUUGCACUCCUGUAUGCUACGAGAGGCUCCGCCCUCAACCUAACAAAGCACUUUUUUUUUUUCUCUCUCUUAAUUCAACUGAGGAAAAAACAACCUAAAAUGUCAAUCAGCAGAUGUCCUCCUCUUGCACAUCGCUGGUUAUUUCAACGCUCGCAUGUGCCGUAACUUAAACAAUUACUGGACUCCGCCCUGAUAAAACUUGAGACUGGACUGAGAAUGGAUGUGCUUUACAAAGUAAACUAAAAAAGAAAAAGAAAAAGGCCAUUUGUAGCUGUAGCUCGCUGACGACGGUGGUACGCUUUAAUUAUGUACUUUUACUUCUUUUGUCUUUAACAUAACUCAGAUUUCUUUUCUUUUUUUUUAUUGCCUUACUCGACCGUUUCGUUUCCGUUUUCAGGAUCCAGGUUCUUUAUCUGUCAUUGUUGCUUUAACAUAUUCGUGAAAUAAGAGUUUGCAAAGGUCACCGAUGUGCAAACCAGAUCUGCUCGUUUUCCAUUUCUCUCUGUCCAAUGAGACUUUUCUUCAAAUAUGUAUUUUGCCCCAUAAAAAUAAAGAAUGACUUUAUAUUUCCAAAUAUGCAGCCAGAGUGUGGUCCUCAGCAGAAGUUCAUGGAGCUGAUUUUUGUUUUUGUUUGUCUGGGGAGAGUCAAAGCAUGACAUGGUUCUGGUGCACAGUAUUGAUGAAAACUCAAAGAAAUAAGCCUGGAAUAGCAGCUUUAAGCCAGUUUGUCUUUUAUGUUGUCUAUUAUUAAUUUGCAUAUUGGUCAAAUAUGACAGAUAUAGUGCAUUGUAAUUUUUUUUUUUUUUAAUAAAGUGAGAAAAUAUUUA